AUGGUUGCAAAGCUCGUUCUAGCGAUAGAGAACGCACUGCUGCCCUUAGGCUUCAACAAGCCUAAGUUCAAGAUCUAUAAGGAGAAGUCAGAUCCUUACAUGCAUUUAAGCCACUUUUGCCAAGUUAUGGCCAUACACUGGUGGAACGAGGCUCUAAUGUGCAUCAUGUUCCCAUUUAGCCUUGGAGAUAUGGACUUAACUUGGUUUGAAAAGUUGCCAAAAGACAGCAUUGCCUUCUGGGCGCAACCGGAUAAGGUGUUGGUUACCAGGUUUAUGACAGACACCAAAAUGCCAAUUAAGAUAGAUCAGCUUCUCGCCAUUGAUAUAGGCGAGAAAGAAACGUUGAAGUCCUACAAUAAUAGAUAUUGGGAGACUUUUAACCAGAUUAGAGAAUGUCCCACCAACCUUGCUAUCGCGCAAUACAAGCGCGACUUACCAAUUGGGCAUAGACUUAGGGACUCCAUGACAAUGACACCAUCCCACACCAUGAAGCCUUGA